UCUUUCCUUGUAGUGGAUCAAUAACUGCAUAGGAAGAAAAAAUUACAAAAGGUUCUUCAUCCUCAUGGUGUUUGCUCUUCUCUUGCUUAUUCUGCAGUGGGCUGUUGGGAUGCUUGUGCUGAUACUGUGUUUUGUUGAGAGAAGGAGAUUUUCUGCUGAAAUUGUUUCAAAGCUGGGUAGUAGCUUUUCCUUGGCACCCUUUAUCAUUGUGGUGGCUGUGUGCACUUUAUUAGCCAUGGUUGCUACUCUUCCAGUUGCACAACUUUUCUUCUUCCAUAUUCUUUUAAUAAAAAAGGGAAUCAGCACCUAUGAUUACAUUAUUGCUUUGAGGGAGCAAGAUCAGGAGCAGGAGCAACUUGCUGUUGGUGGGCAGCAAAGUCCGCAAAUGUCCCAAGUGAGCUCUUUUACUGGACUAAGCAGCACCAGUCCGCAAAUACUAUUCACCCUCUCUAGUCAGUCCAUGGAUCCUAACACAAGCAACCGUGCGCUGCCGCCUUGUGCUCACCUUGAGCAACGGGCAGUCACGCUCUCGCAUGCUUGUUGCAAGUAG